CACGUACGCAGCACGCGAAGCUGCAACACCAACGCUCACGAUUUCACAGGAUUGCCUUCUAUCCAUCAUCUCAUCUCACUCGUCUCAGACCGAAGCUUGCCGAGGCAGAGCGCCUGCCAGUGAUUCGAUUUGCCUUUCGGGUCACAAUAGUGCAAGGUCACCAUCAGAAUCGGAACAAGCGCCAGGACACGCUUGACAGUCGAACUUGCCGUGUUCUCAAGCGUCCGCAUCAUCAGCCAUCCCAUCGCGUCGACCUCUCAUCGCUGCUCUUCAGUUGCAGCGCAUCACGUCCUAUCAUGUCAUCAGCAUACAUCGGUCUUCGGGUCCGUCUGACCCUGCAUCCUUCUAGCGGCACAUCUUCCCAUACUCUAGUCGGUAGGAUACAAAGCAUAGACGCAUCUAGCGGCAUCCUCAAGCUCUUGCUAGACGAUGGAAACACCUUGGAAACAGUGGAUCGAAGCAAGAUCGCUGGUAUUGAAAUGAUUGGGGAGCGCACGGCCAACGUCGGCGCCUCUUCAAGCUCGUACAACCAACUGACAGUCCCUUCAGGCUCGACGCCCAGCUCCUCCCUCGUCUCCUACCCCCCUACCCCAUCAACUCCUCAGACAACAUCGAGCAAAGCUUCAAAGAAGAGGGCUGCGAAGGCAGCAGCAGUCGCUGCAGCUUCAGCUUCGCUGGCUCAUGCUGAGCCUCCCAAAGGUCCCAAGGCCAUGUCUGUGACGCCCAAGAAGGAAAGCAAAGCCAAAAAUCUCGUCGCGAGUCAGACGCAAGCAAAUCAAGAGUACGAGGAGGAUUUCGACUUUGACAAGGCACUCAAGAGCUUCGACAAGAAGGCGGUCUGGGAUCAGAUUCGGGCAUCAGAUCAGACGGACCCUUCGCUGCGUCUGCACGCGCACAACAGAGCAACAGCAGCAGCAGCACGUAAAAGCUCUUCACCUGUUCCUCUCAGCGGCAGCGCGCCCGACUUGGACGCUCUAACGCUGUCAUCACGGGGUCGGAUUGCAGCCGCUCGGAAUCCGCAAGAAAAGCUGAGAGCUGACGAGAACGUGUUGAGUCCCAGUCCUCCGCCUGCUUCCGAACGACUGUCAUCGCAUGUCAAUGGUAGCGGGACACACGGUACUGAUGGGAUUGUUGGAGGGAGGGAACAAGAAGUGCAAGGCAAAUUGGAGCUGCUUUCCGCCUUGACGGGCAUUGAUAUUGCACUAGCCAGACCUGCAGAGGAUCAAGCUGCAGAGGCCCUGCCGCACAAUGGUAGUGGCAGCAAUUCAACGUACGAUCUCACGCUCUACACCUCUCCACAGGCUCGGACAAAGCACCUUUCUCAAGCCAGCGCCUCCUCCGCCUCCUCGACAAUCAAUGCAGGCAACCUGACCGUCCGUCUCUCUGGAACGCUGAGCAAGCUUCGAUACAAUGGUCCCGUGCCGUCCGCCUCGGAUCAGACGCUGAUUGCAGCAUUGCCCGUAAAGUAUGCGAAACCUCUAGGACUCGGAGGUACGGAGCGGGCAGGAGCUUUUGUAAAGAGGUUGGGAGAGUGGGUCGCUGCGAGCGCUGCGGGUGUUGCGACGAGCGUCGCGACUGAAGAGAGGAAUACGGCGGAUUAAACGCCAGGGUCGCUGCUAUGACGUUGAGAAAGGAAAGCGCGGCGAGCAAAGUUGGGCCCGCCAAGUCGUAAAGAGGCUGGAUAUUGGCUGAUCAGAACGAAAAAAGGAUGGGAAGAUCUUUGAAAACGCUCUCCUGAGGAUCGUGGGCGGCAGGUGGGACUGGGCGAGGAGACGACGGAAGAGCAAGGAAUGGAAGGAUAUCCGAGAAUGUAUUUGCUGAAAUGCUCAGAACAAGGCUGCGGGAUCGGAUGCGAGGAGUGCAGGAAAGGAGGGUCUGGGGGGAGGGAGGGGCUAGGGGGACAGACACGUAGUUGCAACCUCAGGC